AGGACACAACCUCCCUCACCAACAACCUCAUCGCGCAACCUGACAAACUACAUGGAAGCAGAAGUACCGGCGAGGUCUGCAGAGAAACUUCAUCACUACUGACAUCAGUUUAUUGAGCUGAAAUUCACCCGACAUGCAGUUCCAUCACGCGAACGCGCCUCUUUACGCACCAACGCCCGCGCCGUCGGUUCACCCGACGCCUUUCUACAUUGAGGACAUUCUGGGCAGAAACGGGUCCGCGUCCAGCCCGGCCGUGCCGACCCCGACACUACCGUCUCCAAACUCAUCUUUCACAAGUCUGAUACCCUCUUAUCGGACCCCAAUCUACGAGCCCACGCCGAUCCACCCGGUUUUGUCGCCGCACGCUCUGACGGCUACGUACGCGUCCAUCUACCCGUUCCAGCGCUCCGUGGGCGACUUUACCCACGCGCUGAUCCGACACGACCCACUGGGUAAACCUCUGAUGUGGACGCCGUUUAUUCAGCGACCCCUUCAUAAGCGUAAAGGUGGUCAGGUUCGCUUCUCUAAUGAUCAAACCAUUGAGCUGGAAAAGAAGUUUGAGACGCAGAAGUAUCUGUCACCACCCGAGAGAAAAAGACUCGCUAAAAUCCUACAACUCAGCGAGAGACAGGUGAAAACCUGGUUUCAGAACCGCCGGGCGAAGUGGAGGCGACUAAAACAGGAGAAUCCAUCGAGCGUCAAGAGAGAUCUACAGGACCGAGGAGCUGAGAGAAACACUGACAGAUCGAGUCCAGACGCCACGCGCAAGCGCAGUGAGCUCGAUUCAGACGUGUCUGAUGAUUCGGAUCAGGAGCUGGAUAUUGAAGAAGACACAGAUUUCUCAAUAAACCCAUAAUGAUGACAUUCAUCACCAGCGCUGUAAAUACUGUAGUAUAUUGUACAUUUGCCGAGACUGUAGCAAGAAAUAAAUUAAUGUAGAAGAUUAUCCUUAAACUAUCAUUGUCAAACUGUGAUGAUAAAUGUAUAUCUAGUGUGUUUAGUGUCUUUUGUGCUGUGUAAAUAUUUUUAUUCAAUAAACAAUAUU